UAAAACUGGUAAUAUUAUAUCAUAAAAUAGUUAUAUUCGACCUUAAAGACCAUGAACAUUGUCCACUUGUUACUUUUACUUCAGUUAGCCUACCAUAUCAUUAGGCUACACAUAGCUUUAAAGUAGGCUAUUAAAUAUGAAUUCAGUCUGACAGAUUCUUAUGGACAGCAAUAUUUAUGAACAACACUGAGCUAAUUGUAGUUUACAGACAGGGAAACAGUCUGAGAUCUAGUCAUGGUAAAGGGGAGGGGGUGAUCCGCAACACAACAGGAGAUAAGCUUCAUUUGUUCAUACUUCAACCACUGGGGCUCUUCUGCAUCUUCGCCAUAUACAAACGCGAUGAAAUUAAGUGAAAACACGGCAUGAGCUCGACGGAAACCAGCGGCACCGACACAUCUACGUCCUUUUAAUAACCGGACGCGCUUUUCCUCUCCGGUUUACCGACUUUAUAGUGUUCGGGAUGGGUAAGGAGGUGAACGGCGUCUCUCGGAGUCGCUUUGAGAUGUUCUCCAAUAACGAUGAGGCUGUUAUCAACAAGAAGCUGCCGAAGGAACUGCUGUUACGAAUCUUUUCAUUUCUGGAUGUAGUCACGCUUUGCCGCUGCGCACAAGUCUCACGAUCAUGGAACCUGUUAGCCCUGGAUGGCAGUAACUGGCAGCGCAUUGACCUCUUUGACUUCCAGAGAGACAUUGAGGGUCGUGUGGUGGAGAACAUCUCAAAGCGGUGUGGAGGCUUCCUAAGGAAGCUGAGUCUUAGAGGAUGUCUCGGAGUCGGAGAUAGUGCACUCAGAACGUUUGCCCAGAACUGCAGAAAUAUUGAGCUGCUCAGCCUCAAUGGCUGCACCAAGAUCACUGACAGUACCUGUAACAGCUUGAGUAAAUUUUGUCCCAAACUGAAGCACUUGGAUCUUGCCUCCUGCACCUCAAUCACGAACCUGUCCCUCAAAGCUCUGAGCGAGGGCUGUCCUUUGCUAGAGCAGUUGAACAUCUCGUGGUGUGAUCAGGUGACCAAAGACGGCAUACAAGCGCUUGUGAGAUGUUGUCCGGGACUCAAAGGCCUGUUCCUCAAGGGCUGCACACAGUUGGAAGACGAAGCACUUAAGCAUAUUGGAGCACAUUGUCCAGAGCUGGUCACACUCAAUUUGCAGACAUGUUCACAGAUCACAGAUGAAGGUCUUAUAACCAUCUGUCGCGGGUGCCAUCGGCUGCAGUCUUUGUGUGUGUCUGGCUGUGCAAACAUCACAGAUGCUAUUCUCAAUGCCUUGGGCCAAAACUGCCCCCGUCUCAGAAUAUUAGAGGUGGCUCGCUGCUCUCAGCUUACAGAUGUAGGCUUCACCUCACUUGCACGGAAUUGUCAUGAACUAGAAAAGAUGGAUUUAGAAGAGUGUGUACAGAUUACAGAUGGAACGCUCAUCCAGCUAUCUAUACACUGCCCUCGACUCCAGGUUCUGAGUUUGUCCCACUGUGAGCUGAUCACUGAUGACGGCAUCAGGCAGCUGGGCAGCGGACCCUGUGCUCAUGACCGACUGGAGGUGAUCGAGCUCGACAACUGCCCGCUCAUUACAGACGCUUCAUUAGAGCAUCUGAAAACCUGUCACAGCCUGGACCGCAUCGAGCUGUAUGACUGUCAACAGAUCACCCGCGCCGGCAUUAAACGCUUGAGGACUCACUUGCCCAACAUUAAAGUUCACGCCUACUUUGCACCCGUGACUCCGCCUCCAUCGGUGGGCGGGAGCCGCCAGAGAUUCUGUCGCUGCUGUAUCCUUCUAUGAUGUAAAGCGGACUGUGCAUCUUGACCUCUCACCCCCUGAUCCACCUAGAGCACGUGCUGGUGGGUCCCCGGUCAGAGCGGACGGGAGUGACUGAGAGACAUGCAGUACUCCACACCCAGUCAUGAGCUUUAAUCAACACUACAGUCCAUUCAGUGGCUUUAUACAAGACUCUUAUAGGGUAAUUAAAGUGGACGAAUUGGGGGAAUGUGCUACUUUGUUCAUUGCAAACUAUUUGGAGAAGAGAACAAUGGGGCCUUUAUGAAAAACAUUUGGCCACUUGUUAUUGGAUGGACCAUCUCGAUUUGAUUCGAGAUCAUGGUAGAAACAGGAGACGAUCACAAGGUAACCAGCUCAUCUUUCUUGCCCCUAAACACACAGUAAUGGUGGUCUUUAACCUGUGAGCCCCUCAUGACACACAUUCAAACACAUCUCUCACAUAUACAUACAAAUGGAUUCUCUCUUUCUCUCUGUUUGUGUUGCUCUGAGACUGAAUAUUUUUAAAGCAUGAUUAUCUUCCAAGUCUUGCUUUUUUUUUUUUUUUUUUUUUCUGUCUUUACCUGGAGAUCUAUUCAGCAGAAGGCGUCUGAGUUACAGUCAAGAUACAGGGGCAGAUUUAGGCAAGUGGGAAACUGUGAACUGUGUUCAGCUGAUGAGCGAGUGUCUCGCAUGCUGCGCAGAAGUGUGUGCGUGUGAAAAUCUGUCAUUCGUGAUGAUGGAGAGAACGGCAGUGGGCUUCAUUCAUGAAACAAGCUCUCAUAAAUCUAUUACUUCAUCUUGGCCUGUGGUUCUUAAGAAAAUAAACGCACUUUUCACUUUCUUGUUAAUUUAUUUAAAUAAAGUUAAACUAAAAAUUAAAUAAAAUAAAUAAUACCAAAUACAUACUUUGAGAAAAAUCAUUCAGAAAAAUUAGUUCAAACAAUGUGUACACACACACACACAUAUAUUGUGUGUGUAUAUAUAAUUAUACAUGCAUAUAAUUUAUUUUUUUAAACUGAUAAAAUGCUAAUAUAUAAAUAUAUAUUUUAUAAGUUAUACUUAAGUUGAACUAUCAUUUACACCGCAUCUCAAAGUAUGUAUUUGGUAUUUAUUUUAUUAUGUGAGUGCGUGCGCACAUUAUAUAUAUAUAUACACACAGUCAAACCAAAAUUUAUUCAGACAUCUUGAAUAUUUCAUUCAUUAAUACAGUUUAUUCACUAUAGUUU